UCGCCCGUUGCUCAGCUCUUCAGCGGGAUUUGUUUUGUCCAAUGGGCGAUUCUUAGGUGAGUGUGUGUGUUUUUUUAUUUGCCCGUUUGUCACGCGCUCGCCUGUGUCUCUUGUAAGUGGCAGCAUCGCGUUACGGUCGUAAAAGACGAUCGACACACAUACACACCGGGGCCCAGCUAUUUCCCUUUUUCCCGAGCAACAAUGACCAUUUUCCAUAAUAAGAGCUCGGGGGAAAACCCGUGGAUUUCUCGAGGUUUGGGUUACGAUUGGUAUGACAAGGUUUUCAUAACCAACAACCAAAAACAAAUUCAGACUUCCAGGAGGUUAAGCUGGGGACAAUUAUUCCCCGCACCGGGACUUGUGGACCGGAAGGACCCGAUGUCAAAACUGAGUCCCCCGACGGAAUGGCUUUGGUGGCGCUUGAUGCUGUCAGUCAGUCAGUGGUGGUUCCUUUUGUGUGUGUGUCUUCUUUUCAAAUAUGAUUCGCCCGUUUCCCUCUCUGGGUCGAGGCGAGCAGGUGGUCUUCCUUUUUAGAAGAACAUUAAGAAAGAAGUAGUGAAAGAUCGAACCGGCCCUGUACCGACAAUUGGGCGUAUAGAAGCCGAUUCCGUUUUGGCAUCUAUAAAUAGCUCUAUUGUGUCUUGCGCUUCUUCCCUGGAACGUUGGCAAGAUUGAAAGACUCCCGAAAAAAUAGAUCAACCCCAGCUUCCGUGUACCGUGCGGCCUCCUCUCUUGCACAACUGUCACUGUUCCCGUACCGUGCGCUGUGUCCCUCCGGCGCACGAUCGCGGCGUUACACGCGUUGUCCCAGAAAUGUUUCAUCCCGUACAUAAAUCACCCUACGCAUGGCGGGUUUUGCGGAUCGUUCGCGUGGAGAAAAUCUCCUUGCCCAGGCGUAAGCAUCCUCCGCCUAAAUAGCGGCAGCCUGCCCGUCCUCCAAGCGGGGAAAUGUUUUUUCCUCGGUUCCUUCAGUGUCUUCCCAUACGCUGGGUGGUGUUAUUUUUGUUGCUUUCGUUAUUUGCGGCAAACGAACGCUGUGUGACUUUUCCGUGUCAGCGCGACGAAGUCCAAGUUUUUUUUUCCGCCACUCGGCAGUGAGCUGAUGGAAAUGCUGAGAGCACAUAGGCGAGUUCUCUCUCUCGCUCUCUGUUUUCCGCGAUCAGAUCGGCGUAAUAUGGCGCGCGAUCGCGAAAUCCUUUCCUUUCGUCGGUAGUCGGUAUCGAGGCGUCGCACGCUACUCUGGCAGUACGACACAUCUCCGAGUGCAUUCCACGGCACGGGCUACACUGGCUCCGGACGGGUGAACCGAGUUCCUACCCGCUGACAUUCCCGCGGCACGGCCCUGCUUAACAAGUGGUUGUGGUGCGUAUCGCGCCAGGCGCAAGGAAAUCUUCAACCAAACACACAAACAAUCACACACAAUGACGCACCCGUCACGUCUCACUCACUUCGCAUCCGAUCGACGGAAAGCUCUCGCGACCGUCACGAGGAUCAGGACGGACACGGUCGAGCGAUCGAUCUAUCGAAGGGCUAACUGUUGCUGCUGUUGCUGCUGCUACUGUUGUUGUUGUUAGUGAUCACUUUUUACACGCUGCAUGCAGCAUCACACACUCGUCGCACGAUCGUUGGAAUGAAGAAACUGCAUCGUUUCGUUUCCGUCCGUGCAAGUGACCUAAAAUUGGCCUUUAUUUUUAAAAAUGGACGCCGCAAACACGCACCCACUUGGAGGUCGCCCCGGUAGCUGCACCGGAGGAGGAGGAGGUGGUGGUGGAAGAAUGCCAGUAGGAGGAGGUGGAGGUGGUGGAGGAGGAAGCGCUGGCGGAGGAGCAGCAGGCAGUUCAAGUCCGCAGCAGUUCUGCCUUCGAUGGCACAAUCAUCAGGCAAGCCUACUUAGCUCGCUGCCGUUACUACUCGACCAGUCACACCUUACCGAUGUGACGCUAAUGGCGGAAGGACAGAAGAUCAAAGCGCAUCGCGUAGUGCUGAGCGCGUGCAGUACGUUCUUCUCCGAGCUGUUCCGCACGCUAGAUGGCGCACAGUAUCCGGUGGUAGUGUUGCCCGGCGCAUCCUACCAUGCCGUUGCAGCGUUGAUAACCUUCAUGUACUCGGGCGAAGUGAACGUGUACGAGGCACAAAUAUCUGUCCUGCUAUCGCUGGCCGAAACGCUGGGCAUUAAAGGAUUGGCCGACUUCAAUAGCAAUCCUAACAAAUCGAGCACACCUUCCACGGAGGCUUCAUCGUCGAGGGAUUCUGAUGUACACUCACCGUACCAUACAAUGAAAGUGUCUUCACCGGUGGACAACUUCUUCGCCCGUCCGUACGGCUUCGGUUCGGACAUGUUCGAAAUGCGCAACAAUCCCCAGGCUCUCAAUCUGAUUACCAACGCCGGAGGAUCGAAUGGAGGCUCGAGCGGAGGGACCAGUGCAGCUAACAACCAUAGCGAUGGCUUCUCGGGUAACACCACCACCAACAACAACAACACCAUUGCUGGAAAGUCCCUCACAUCAAGUGAUCUUUAUGCGCGAUUCGAAGCUGAGCGUAACGAGCAACUAUCCGCGGAAGCACUGUGCAAGAUGAACGAACUUAAUCUUCACGCAGAAAACGCCAUUUUGAAGGAGAAACAGCUGAAUCAUCUGAACCGGUCGAGCACACCGAUCCGAGGAUCGACCUUUGCCCAUCAGCACUCACCGCACGCUGCCAACGCUGGCGACAGUCGCUCAGCCGUCGAGUCGGCCAUGUUCGGGAGCUUCGGUAAUGAUAGCUCGCGUGACUGCAAGCUCCCCAACGGUUCGCUGCUGUUGGGUAUGAAGCUGAAGGAGGAAGAUCUUUCCGACAGCAUCCAUCAGCUGCACCAAUCUUACGGUUCCGUGCCAUCCACCCCUACUCCUCAAACGCCGGGACUGGAGGAUGCGGGCCGGGUCACCCAGACAACCCAUACGCGCAAAGCGCUUAGCGUCCAGGACACGGCCACAAGCAAGCGGAAAAAGUUGGAGCAAAUCGCUGAAAACCUGCUGGAAACGCUCAAGCAGUCGACCGAAGGUGCCAAGCUACCGUUACAUCUGUUCAACAAACCACCGACCGUAACGCCCGUCAGCACCACCCAGAACCCAUACCUUGCCCACCAUUUCCUCACGAACGAAAGUGCCUCCAAGACGCCGGAAAACUUUAGCCUGGAGUCGUCCCACCCGAACGCUGCUUCGAACACGAACACACGCGCCUCUCCGAUCGCUACGGCCACAUCGAUCGGAACCGCAUCGUCACCGACCACAACUCCCGGGUCGCUUCUUGCGCUAGCACCAUCGCCCGGCAGUGCCAACGAGAAUCUCAUCAAAACGCUUCACAUUACGCAUCCGUCGCAGGUGGUCGCACUGCAACAGCAGCAGCAGCAGCAGCAGCAGCAACAACAGUCAACGCAACAACCUUCCACGCAGAAGCCACCGUCUUCGAAGCUGUACGCUACGUGCGUCAUUUGCAACAAGCAGCUUAGCAACCAGUACAAUCUGCGAGUCCACCUGGAAACUCAUCAGAAUGUCCGCUACGCUUGCCAGGUGUGCUCGCAUGUGUCCCGAAGCAAGGAUGCGCUACGAAAGCACGUGUCCUAUCGCCAUCCAGGAACGCCCAGUCCCUGCGAUCCCGACACGAAGCGAAAGCGCUCCAAGGGCACUUCUUACAGUCAGCUGGCCAAGCAGGACGGACUUGCUGAACAGCAGGCAGCCGCCAUACUAAGCCACCAGCAACAACAACAACAGCAACAGCAGCAGCAGCAGCAGGCCAACAACUUGCUGGCCAAUCUAACCGCACAGGGUCCACUGCCCUCGCUGUUACAGACCUUUGCCGCUCAUCACAAAUCGGCCGCCCUGCUCUUCAACCAGACAGCCUCAGUAGCGGCACUGGCACAGUCGGGCGCCAGUAACUCGGCCACAACUUCCGCGACCACAACUUCGGCCACGGAACCCGGCAGCGUUUCCAACGUUAGCGGCGUGAAGCGUGAAGCCACUGCCGGUACUGGUGAGGCGGGAGAGCCAAAAUCCGACAGCAAAUCGAAUGAUACGAAACCGGAAGACGCUACGCAAGCGACCAAACAAUCUGACAAAGACAUUUAAAAGACCCCGAUGCUGUCGUCGACUACAAGGUGGGGGUGGCGUCUUACACCACAGAAACAGGACGGUUGAAAGAAUGCAAGCAGCCAAGCCCGGUGGUAGGCAACGCUGGGAAAUUUUACUGAAAAAAGACAUUAGGGUUAACGAUUUAACUAUACAUAUAUACAUACAUACGCCUAGUACUAAUAGAUGCACUUUUGGGGACCUAGCUUUGAGGUUACCGGAAGACCCCCAAAGGUGCCCGAUCCCGAUCCCGAGAGACACAACCGUUGUUUCUUUGGUGAGCCAAGUAGACGAGUGUUCACCCCUUUCGCGAAUUGAUUUCUACGAUGUUUUACAAACUAUUUUGUUACUUUUUGUUUUGUUUUGUUCUUUAUCGGUUUCGGUUCCAUUAUGACGCACAGAUUUCUCACUUCGUUCAGUUUACUUAAACUUGUUCCCUAGCUGUGAUAGUAAGACAAUAUUUUGUAUAGACCUGUAAAACAACUCUGAGUAAGACCUUUUUUUCGAUCCUGUCCCUGGAUCCCUGGUAUGCGUGGGCAAAAACCGGGCAGACCGUUCGCACCGUUUCUAGACCUGGUUCGCAGCGGACCGUGGUAAUAUGUGCCUUAUGUACUACCUCACGACAUCACCACACAGAGGAUCGAUAUAGCAAGAAACGUAGACAGGAUGACAAGGUAAAGCAAAUACAAGAAAGGGGAAAGCUGUAAGGCGAGGUCGCUCCCACGUGAUACCUGUGGCCAGUUAGGACGAAAUUCUCCUUAAACUCUUAAAAGACAUUUAAUUACCUACCCUGCCUGCUGUAGCUCGUUUUUCUGGGCGGGCAAACCCAGUUUUCGAUUGGUUCUUAGUUCCAACGUUUAGUUCUAACCCAUCGGAGCAGGCAACUGUGCUUCCGGCUAUUAUUUGAAUCUAGUCUUUACCUCUUUAUGCACCAAAUUUUACCUUUUUGAUUUGUUUUCAAUCUCCUCUUACUCCUCUCACAUCCAACGCCAUAAGAAGCUGGCAGUUGAGCUGACAGGCUCACAUCGAUGUACGAUGUACGGUGGCUGCGGUUUUGCGUGUGGUAAAAGGACACGGGCGUUUGUGUUUUUUGUUGUUUUUUUGUAUGAAACGAAACAGAAACUUAAAAAAAGACAAAACCUUCUCUUUUAAGCAAAACCACGAUAGGCUAAUGACAAUCUAAUCUAUCAUAUUUUAACAACCGAGCAAGGGCCAAGUGUUUUUCGCUUUCUGGUUGAAUAAGACAUACACACACGCAGGCGCAUAUGGCGUCCGUACGUACGAUAAGAAAAUGUUGAAUGUUACCACCAUGAUGAUGAUGAUGAUGAUGAUGAUGAUGAUUGCAACCCCAAGGAUGAAGACCAAACGCAUGUUCGUACACCAUUACUAGCGUGUGGAGAAAGUGUUAUUAGCUAAUAGGGCAUCUAUUGUGGAAUGAGAUAGUGAAAAUUUUGAUUAAAUUAAAUAUGAAUAAUGUUGACUUUUUUCACACCGUUGAAACGAUUCAAACAACUUAACUAAUACACCGUACCAAAGUAACAAAACUUGAAUUUUAAAAAUUUUAUAAUAAAAACCAGUUUGUUCAUGAUCAGAAAGAAA